UUUAAACCAACCAAGUGGAUAGGGAAUCUUUAAAAAAGAAUGGAGGCUACGUAUUUACCGAAUCCCAACGACAGUAAUGCCACUAUACUUCUAAUGGGCUUACGCCGAGGAGGGAAGAGUUCAAUAUGUAAAGUUGUAUUUCAUGAUAUGCAACCAUUAGAUACUCUUUAUCUAGAAAGUACAUCUAAACCAACUAGUGAACAAUUUUCAUCAUUAAUAGAUUUAAGUUUGAUGGAGAUACCGGGACAAUUGAACUAUUUUGAACCGGAAUAUGAUAGUGCAAGGAUAUUUCAAAGUGUUGGAGCAUUAGUUUAUGUUAUUGAUUCUCAAGAUGAAUAUUUGAAUGCCUUGACUAAUUUAUCAAUGAUUAUUGAAUUUGCAUAUAAGGUCAAUCCCAAGAUACAUAUUGAGGUAUUAAUUCAUAAGAUUGAUGGAUUAACUGAGGAUUAUAGAAUAGAUGCUCAGAGAGAUAUAAUGCAAAGAACCGGAGAUGAAUUAUUAGAUUUAGGAUUAGAAGGAGUUCAAGUUAGUUUUUAUUUAACAUCGAUAUUUGACCAAUCAAUUUAUGAAGCAUUUAGUAAGAUUGUUCAAAAAUUAAUACCCGAAUUACCAAGUUUAGAGAAUAUGUUGGAUAAUUUAGUACAACAUCUGUCAAUCGAUAAGGUAUUUUUAUUUGAUGUUAAUUCUAAGUUAUAUGUUGCCACUGAUUCGUCACCGGUUGAUAUACAAACGUAUGAAGUUUGUGCAGAAUUCAUUGAUAUCACUAUUGAUUUAGAUGAAUUGUACGUUGAUGAAAAUGGAGAACAAACAAAUAAAGAAAUUAAGUCGAUUAGUAGAUUAUCCAAUCACUCAUUACUUUAUUUGAGACAAAUGAUUAGGGGAUUAGCCUUGGUGGCAUUAAUAAGAAACGACGAUGAAAAUCUGAACGAUAUGGAUAGCAUGUUAACGGUUGUUAAUUAUAAUGUCAAUUUAUUCAAGCAGGCAUUAAUGCAAAUGUGGCAGAAUAGUAAAUUUGUGAAAAAAACUAAUGAUGUUAAUGAAUCUUUGAGCGUUGAUCGUCUACAUUAA